UCAACUAUCACCUCAUAGAAAUCGAGAGCGAAUAAUCUUAUGUAUUUUAAAAGAACUCUAACUGAAAUAAAGGCAAAUUACGGUUUCCCAUAAUUUUUCUACGUUUUAUUAAGCUUCUCGCUUCAACAAAAUCGCACGCACGUCGUCAUUUCGUAGACGACCGACAACAUGGAAUGUCGACUUCAUGAUCGAUCGAUCGCACCGAAAUCGUUUGAACGUCUCGUCGAACGAGUGACUGAAUGAAUAAAAAAAAACUUGCAUCUGCCCAAAAAUAUGUCCAUACAAGCCACAACAAACAUGAUAGUAGCCUUUGGUCUGCAAGUCUACUCAGUGACAACACAUCGAUAAUCUUACAUAUAUUAAUGUAAAUUAAUGACCUACAAGGCGACAAGAUGGCUUAAAUAGUCUACCCCGCACAUGGCAAUAUCGCAGAUUUGUUUCGUUUGAUGCUAAUCCCUUUGCCCAAAUAAACAAGCUGGAUGUUAGUCUUGGGGUUUUUGUGCCCAGUCAGGUUUAAGCAGCACGCUUGCCGUAAGCCAACAUGAAAUAGUUCAACACUUGUUUCGUAAGCCUUGCAGAUUAAUCGAUAAAGCUCAAUGGUCAACCGAAGCCUUGCGCAUAAAAGCCAUCAAAUUAAAUUUAGAAAUUAGCUUUUAAUGCGCUUGAAAGAACUUAUUUAAGGUCGUUUUAACAAGGAACCUCUCAAAAUGUUACAUUUCGCAUCGCGUGGAUUUCAAAGGCUGUUUGAGGUCCACAAUGUUCCGAAGACAAUAGCUCCACCAUAAAAGAAAAGAAAAUUUAAAAAGGGUCGCUGAUGUAUCGAUACUGGGUAGAAAAUAUUUCGAAUCGCAGUACAUCACGAGGUUGGCGAGUCUUGACAAAUCAACCAAAAACGCAAGGUUAAACUAAUUUCAAAUAGCCGUACAAUUUUGAACAACUUCACAAAAACUUUGUCCAAGAAUUUAAGCGCGGCGCGCACAAAGCGACUUACUCGGGGCUAUUAGCAUGCAAUUAGGCACAUUUCAAUAGACCGGGACAACAAUACGCCAAAUAGCACUUUAAACACCCCGCAAAUUUCUAUUCCUUAAUCCACGGAGUACAAAAGUUUGAGCAUUUACAGUGUACUUGCUUAUGUCACUACAGUAACCAGUGGUUGCAGGGAAAGAUCUAACCCUCAGUUUACCGAAGAGUGUAAUCAGCUUGCCGAUACGUAUAAUUUACAUGAACUUCGAUUUUACCUAAUUGAAGAAGGAUCACUUGUCCGUUAAUCGGAGUUGUUGUAGUUGCAUUCAGAUGAGUUAGUUUCAACUUAAGUGGCUUCCCAAGAAACUUGACCGGACCAAGCGACUUGAGUGGCAUACAAGCUUCAGAUUUCAACCCAAGGGUUCGAAAGUACGAAAACACGUCUUUAUACCGAUUGCUGAAUUAAAUACAUAUCUGCAUUGUAAAAAGGUGUGAAUUGAUAUCAUUUACCGGUCCCGCAAAGGUUAUUACUAAACCGUUCAACUUAACAAUUGGACUACUUUUUCGCAUUUUUCCGUCGACAGAGCAGCCAAAAAAAACGAAAAACGACGGUAACAGUGACAGAAAUAACCAGUGUUCACCAAAAUCAAUGCAUUCUUCGUCAAGGAACACAAAAUCGAAGGAGCUGCGCGUUCCACUUAAUCAACUUACUCAGAAAUACAAUGAGGGAAUUUGGACGAUUAAUUAACUUUUUCACCGUACAGUUUGGACGCACUGAAAUCAAGGUCACUGCUGAGAAAUGACUGGCCAAACCUCAGGAGAGUGUGUAUACAAACUAACGGAAAGGUUGGCGCGCGUUCAAAACGCGCAAGACCCUUUGACUAACAGGGUCAAUUCAUAUUCAAUUGAAUUACAGCGGCUAGAUAAUAGGUGGUAAAAUGUGAUAUUUCGUUGGCGUUAAUUUAGCAAAAUGUGUCAAUAACUCCAGCGGGGCUAAUUCUGUUAUUUUUGUAUGGCAAAAAGGGCAAGUCGGGGCACAUGGCCAAAAAGUCUUUUUAAAUGGAAAUGACCCUCUUCUUGUUAUGAAUGAGCCCUCAGAGACUUCCUUAUGAAAGAUACUGUUUUCCAAUGUCAAAUUUGUGGUUAAGUUGCACGAAAAAAAAAAAACCGAAUUUCUAGUCUCUGGGCAACCAAAAUAGUCAAAAACAAGUCAAUAAUUUUUAGUAACAAAAAUGACGGCAAGAAAGAAAUAAUACAAUUUGAAAACCACAUCUCAAAUGAAGUCAAACGACACGAGGCCAGAAAGGUGAAGCAUGUUUACAACAAGUAGGCCGUCACACGUAGCUGAUGGCUCGUAAUAAUACAAUCAAACCCACAUAGUCUUGCUUGCCACAAGGUGGCCGACACAUAAUUCCUGAGAAUUCUCUAGAAAUGCUACUUUUUCUCCUGAGUGGGAGGCAUUCCAUUGCAGGUGAUUCACCUCCUCCCAAAUAACACCCCCUCCCCUUUUCCACCGUGGCACUGUUCCAGUCUAAAUAUAACUUAUUUAAACACGGUGAAAAAGCCUUGAAGUGUCUUGCUCAACAACACAGUGGAAAGAUUAACGACCAGGCUCGACCGAGUCAAAGCACACUUGCCGAACGGCUCUUUCAGCAAACUUAAUUCUGCCCUUCGCCGGGUCGAAAGACGCCUACGAUUCAACCCGUUCCACACUGACAGUGGGAGAUCUUACAUGGUGUCUCGCCUUGGCUGUUACUUGUAUGCAAAGACAGACCAACAAGGCUCUCUUGUUAUAAAAUAAAAAGUGAAAGUGCCCGGUUACAGAUUGAAAUUAAUUCUAGUGUAAAAGCAGCCCCCGAGAACGAUGUCACGCUCGUUUCUGAAAUGUACACCGACAACAAAGGGGAGUUGUCGAUCAUCUUGAGAAUUUUAGCCUACAUCUUUCAAGUACGUCGUUUGUGAUCCGCUCGUAAUUUUCUUCAUCUUUUAACACCCUUGAUCCUUAGUUUUGGUCUGUUACCUCUUUGGCGUUUUUCUUCCCUAGUUUUUCAUUAUAAUUUUGAGUUUUCCUACAUUGGAGGAAAGUUUGUAAGUGACCCAAAAUACGGUGAGUGUUACGUCGGCCAACGAGCACUAACAACAUUACGGGAUGGGAAAAACCGAUAUUGUAAUACAGUUGCAAAGUGAAAUGUUUUUGCAUUUUUUAACUAAAAACUGAUUGAAUAACGAAGGUGGCAGUGCUUUCUGUCCUUUGCCUAUGUGAAUGGUUUGCAUUAAGUUGUCCUUGUUGCAGACAUGGGCCGCAGUGUAAUAGCAAUAGUUUUGUAAAGAUAGAAAGAAAAUUGACAAUAUGUGGGAUUUCUAAACCCACUUCGUAUGACCACAUUCUGGGAACAGAAUUAGCUGGUCAUUGUAGAGAGGUGACUGUUAUAUGGAGGACAGAGGUUCAAUAAAGUGAAUGGAUCAACGGAAUGAAAAGACCACGCCAUUCAGGAGAGGAAAAUUGCGUCCUUCCGCGACUUCCAAGGAAUACCCAGUCAAAACUUAAGUAAAUGUAGAAAUACUUGCUAAAACUGAAGUAACUGUGCAGCAUUUCUAAGUGACGUAAUAUUAGAGUGCGGUUGCAAUAACUUCACAUUACCCCCGGCACCAGAUGCUUUCAUGCGCGGCUUCCUGUUUCGGUCAAAUCUUUAUUGUGACCUACGCAAAGAGUUUUCCUGCGGUUUCGCUCGCCACAUGUCGACCUGAGGCAUCGUAUGAGCGAGUGAAAACCGCCUUUGGUACCCAAGAUACUCCUAAGGCCAAAUUUUGUGUGAUGACACACAUGCCACCACAUGAUAUAUUGUGCGCUGCAGAGAAGUGUUACAAAUUGUGUAGAAUAUCAUGUUUUACGACUCGUAAUCUGGAUUGUAAGUCGCUAGUAUUAUAUUCAAUGCACAAAAUGUUACAGGUAAUUGCCGUUAAAGAAUGCUGAAUGUAUUGGAUGGAUCUAGCUCAUCAGCAAAAUAUCGACCGCAAUUUGCCAUCGAUCGCGUGCUCAAUAAUUAAAGCUAUAACCGGAAAAAAGCCAUGAGAUAUUCAGCACGUGUGUACAGAAACGUACAAACUUUAAUAUCAAAACAAAUGCGAACUGCUCAGAAGUCACUUUUACACUCAACGUUCAAUUAUAGAAACAAGGGUGUGUGGCCAAAGGUUGUGAUGAACAAGUCAUUUAUCGCACGCGCAAUAUCCUUAUCUCUCCCGCAAAAGACGCUUCGUUCAAGCAGCACUUAAUUCAAAUUUACAUCCUGUCGCUGUUUAAUAGACGGACAAAAGUAAAAACCUUACUGUGAAACAUACGCUUCCUGAAACAUGCAAGCAUAUUUUCGUGACGCAUUUUCUUCCUUGGCGAUUGUGAAUAACAAGUUGCAUUAGUUACUGGAAACAAUCCAGUUGUCACAUCAGUUGGGAGCAUCAAAUGUGUUCAGUGGCUCUAAAGGAACGCCAUUCAAUUAACCGUGUCCUACUAUGUAAAUAACAAUCAGUCGAAACGGAAACCAAAAACCCUUUCACGACUUGAAGCCAUUAGCUGAUGGGCUGAACUGUCUGAAGUUCAUUUCAAGAGGUGCAGCAGCGUGCCGCGAUAUCUUUGCGACGAAAGCCACGCGAAUGGAAAGCGUUCGUGCACGCGCUGCGUUGAUGCGCUUAGGCAACAGUCAAAUAUCCAAGCGUUUAACACUUAUAACUGUCGCGAAUGAUGGAUUUAUUCUGCGUUGCACACGGCGCCCGAGUUUAGUGCGUGAGAUAGAAGAAUAAAAGAAUAGAAUUCGCCAAAGCAUAACUUAGAAACUGACAAGUCGGUGUCUUGUAAGCAUAAAGAAUGAAUGGCUCAAUACCGUUGCCAAGAUUGUCAGCAGUCUGCCCGUUUCCAAGAGAACUAAGCUAUUUGCAUAUCAUGCUAACUGAAAACAGGAAGCUCGAAGCUCACCAAUAUCCGUGUCUGGCCUCUGUGUAAACCGGAGUUAAAAAUGUAAAUCAAUGGUGUAAUUUACCAUUGACAAACUUUCAGGCACGCGUUUGGCGCGUGUGAGCAGAAUUAUCAAAUAAUAACCCAGCGAUGGAACUGUUUGUUUGUGUAAAUCAACCACUGCAAGCACACGUAGAAUCAAAAUUUCCACCAAGCGUUUCUGCUCCAAAAAGCGUGAUGGAAUGACGAAGCAAAACACGCCCUGAAAAUGAAACUAAAAUUGAAUUCUAAAUAUGUGAUGACAGUAAUUAGUUUACAUGCAGCACGCCUCGCUUCACACUUCAAAGCCAGCUCGCCACUUUAAUUGAUAUAAACUCAAGGACAUUAUCAGUUUUCGGAAUCUAAAUAGCUUGAGACGAGAGGCGUCGUUUUGGCAGCUAAUUUCGUGCUGAAUUCGCGUGCCACAUUGAAAGUGCCCUCAUUAACCGCAUCCCUGGGGCUCACUAGGAGCGGCAGGAAUUCUUUGUAAAGCAAAUAUUUGUUACUGGAAUAAAACAGUUUUAUGUCUCAUUACUUUGCAGCAGUUAGUAAACGACAGUGAAGGAAUGCUGUCAAAAGUCGAAAUUCUCUGCAAAUAAGUUCGGAUAAAGAAAAAAAAAGGGACAGCCAAAUAGGGAAUAGGAUUUAAUUUCGAAUCACAGGAACGAAAUUUUCAUAUCACACCGGAAGAGACCGCCUAGAAAGAGUAAGUGAACAGUACGGUUUAGCGGAAAAUAAGUCGAGCUUACAGAAAACAGUUGUCACUCUUGUGUGCGAAGAAAGAUUUGCAUAGUAAACAGUUGAUCAAACUAACAGCUUCUCUAACAAUGCACACAAAUCCUUAAACAAGCUAGCAGCUAUCUUGGAGCGAUAAAGUUGUUGUUAAUUAGAUAGAUACCUAACAUACUUCAGCCUUCUCCUUGGAGACACACGCAGCAAAAGUCAUUUGACUUUGUAAAUUAUGCAUCAGAAAACGGGCACAAAAUUUAGUCAGCCCUGCGAUAAGCAAAUAAUAAGCAACUUUGUGAAUAAGCAUUCUGCAAUGGUGCGCGAAAACUCACAAAAAAUGAUGGAUGGUUUGAGAGCUGUCGUGCACCAGGUCAGAGCUUGCCGCCGCCGCCCAUUGGCCGCGGUGGGGUUUAAAAUGUUUUGCUCCUACCCGGGGAAUUAGCUGCAGAGAGCUGCAAAAUGAGGCACGUGGAUAAAACAAAAGCCUGGCUCACUAUUGAUCGGCAUAUAGAGCCGACACGAAGGAUCGCUUGUUGACUUUGUUAGCGAUUUCUAAAGGUCUGACGACAACACGCACCGCUAUUGUAUUGGCCAGCUAAUUAUAAUCGAAGCCACGCGCAGGACACGCACAAAAGACCUCAAGACAAUCCCGCCCUUUCAUAUGAAGAUUAAAGGCACAAAAACAAGCCAUAGGCCAUUCAAUGCAGUUAGUUUGCCUAACGUGUCAUUGUGCUAAAUGUCUCCAGAGCCCCUCCCACAUGCUAAGUCUGCCCAACAACCAGGCGUGAAGUCCCUAAGGAACAAAACAAACCGCUUUAUAGGCUCCGCCACGCGUCUCAUGUAAUAUAGUAUUUGCACGCACUUGUGUAGCGUGGAGCGAGACGAGUAAGAGAGCGAAGUGAGCUAGUGAGUGCGUCGCGCUGCUAUCUACUCGUUGUCACCGCCCUGCGCAAAACUCAUGGAGUUCGAUUUUGACCCAGAGGACAUCAGCUUCCCUUUUCCAGACCUUGACAAUCUCGAUUUAUCAGAACUGAAUUAUGACUCGCCUUCACCGUCGUCUUCCUCGUCUGACUGCUCGACAUUUGACUCCCCAGCGACUUCACCACUGAACUCUCCAGUUUCAUCCCAUUCGUCUGCACCUGGCAGCGACUGCGGUUCGCCAAGCUCCAGCCCGACGGCAUCCCGGCACCGUACGCGCUGCCGAACGCCACACUGCCUGAAAAAGGAGCAUGCGUCGAUACUGCGAAGGAAUGAAAGGGAGAGGAACCGAGUUAAGCUAGUCAGCGAUGGAUUUGCCACCCUACGUAAGCACAUUCCCACCACACCAGCAAACAAGAAGUUGUCCAAGGUGGAGACGCUGCGUACAGCCAUUGAAUACAUUAAGCACUUGCAGCGUGUGCUGAAUGAGAGUAAUAGGCAUGAAAGGGAAGCACGUCUACUCCGACAAGUAGAAUGGUUACAAGGUGCAUACGAUUUACAGGCCCUGUCCAGAGGGAACGCCGCCACUGCUCAACAGUUAAGCUCCUACCUUCUCCGUCUGCCAGAGAUCGCUCCUUACCCGAGCGAGGUACCCUUUGUUGGAAGCUCUGUGAGUUUGCCGAACGUUUAUGGUCAUGUUAACUAAUUCAGAUUUAGUCUGAUCAAAUCAAGUAAGAUACCGUUCAUUACAAUGGAAUGACAAAGUGUAAGCUGAGUAACUUGGCGUUAUUUUUUUAAAACGGAAUUUGCGUGGUUAUUUUUUUCAUAGCGCGCAAUUUCUACUCGUGCAUGUUUUUUUGUAAGAAAAAAGUUUAAUAAGCUUGGCUUAGGUGUACAUAGAAUUAGCUCAAUCAUGUUAAAUAGGGCAGCAUUGUUUGUUGACAAAGUGAUUCUUUUCCUAAGUGAAAAGGGCAAAGUAGGUUAUAUAUAUCCAGCAGAGCUGACGUAUUUUUCUUCUCAAUUGGAGGUCGAUCGCGUAAGCAAUUUUUGAACUCUUCAGAGUUCUAAUAAUUUCGUAGUCUAGUGGCUUCUGAAUUCGCUGUUCUUUUCACAGCGUUAUUUGUGAUAUCUCCUUAACGGAAAAUUUGUAUAUAGGAUCUCUCGUAAGCGAGGAUAUUGUACUGAUAGCAUGCUUGUUAGUUAGAACUUUGUAGAUUGCGGUGUAUUUUUCAACUAAUACUAGGAGGAAAGUUUCGAAUUGAAAAGAAUUCUGGCUGCUGUAUACAGCCAUUUGACAUUUCCAUCAAAUGGAAAAAAGUCGGGGUUUUAAUUCUUAGUUUUUUUUUAAGACGCCUUUGUUUUUUCUCCUGAGGGUAGAAAAUCUUCGAUGUUCUGUAGCUGAAUAGUUAUUAGCUGGGCUCACGUAACUGGCGUGAAGCCAAAGUGAAAUAUGCAUAUUCUGAAUGUACAAAUUAAUCCGGGGUACAAACUUUAAUUAUCUCGCGAUGCGUCAAGAGAAACGGGUUAACAACAAACCACAAGAAAGCGGUAACAGAAGUUUAUGGUCGCUGCAACAGAAUUUGCAUGUUUCAUCAGUAGUAGGUCACCGUAGAAAUAUCGACAUAACAAUCAAGUAAUAAAUUGAACUCCAAUGAGUUUUAAGAAUUUCCUUCGCUAACGCUCGAAGAACUAUUUUUUUGUAAUGGGUCAGAUGCUUGCAAGGUCAAGCGUAUUGAAGUAACAACUUCGGGUUUAUGAAGGUUUGAAGUAAGGACAGAGUCCAUACAUCAUAGCACACAAAGGUAAUUGAGUUUGUAGUUGAUUCUACUGAGAAACUCGUGAAUAUUCGGUAUAGCCUAAGUAGAAUAUACCACGAUAUAUAAAUACGAAUGCACAUAAUUGUAGUUUAAAAACGCCAUCUGAUAGAUUGAAGCUGAGUUGUUCAAAACGUUCACUACAAUGAACGAAAUAAGAUUGGUGGAAAAACUCUUUUGUCUUAAGAAGAGAUUGUUGAGUUCUAGUUCUAGGGUUUAAGGUGAAGAUGUUUGUCCAGAAGAACUUCGAUUUGAACAGUUUUGGACACCCAGCUGACAUCUGUUAAAAGCGAAAUUUGCUCGGCAUGAACAAGAGGACCUGUAAUCCGUAUAAGUCUGAGAACAGACUAAUUGUACCAGUGCUGUGCACCGUAUAAAUAAUUUGUGUAGAAUAAAAGAUAAGCACUUGAAUACCAGGUGCUCAUGCCAUGACAGACAGAUAGAGAAACUCAAUAUAUAUACCUUAUAAUGGAAUUUGUAAAAGAGAAAUUAAAGUUGCACAAGUUAUUUUUUAA